GAGUUUGUCCCCCGCCCCGAGGAGGGCGGGCAGUCAGGCUGCUGGCUCUGCCGGCUCUGCUGGCUACAAACUUUCAGGAAGUAGGAGGAUGGCGGCGGCGGUGAAGGUGGGCUAGCCUCCCCCGCCGCCACCCCCGGCCCCCGCCAUGUUCAGCAAGAAGAAGAAGCGCCUGGAGAUCUCGGCCCCGUCCAACUUUGAGCACCGGGUCCACACGGGCUACGACCAGCGGGAGCAGAAGUUCACCGGGCUGCCGCGUCAAUGGCAGGGCAUCAUCGAGGAGUCGGCCAAGCGGCCCAAACCUCUCGUCGACCCCGUCUGCAUCACCGCCAUCCAGCGCGGCAACCAAAAGACCAUCGUGCGAGGGAACAAGGCGCCGAAGGACGGGGCCCUGACGCUGCUGCUGGAGGACUUUGAGAACAUGUCGGUGACGCGGUCCAACUCCCUGCGCCGGGACAGCCCCCCCUGCCCCCCUCGCCGGGACCCGCCGGCCCAGGAGAACGGGCUGGCCGGGGUCCGGCCCCCGGCGCCCCGGGCCUCCUCCCAGCAGCCCCGGGGCCAGGAGCCCGCGCCCCCCGAACACCCCAAGCCCCCGCCCGAGGGCAGGACCGGAGCCCCCGAGCGGGGCGGGCGGAGGGACCCGCCGCAGGGCGAGGGGGCCGGGCGGCCGGCACGGCGGGAGGGCCCCGAGAAGAGGCCCAAGUCGUCGUACGCCGGGGGGGCCGGCGGCCCCCAGCCCCCCCGGGACAAGCGGCCCCUGUCGGGCCCCAGCCUCGGCACCCCCCACCUCCCGGCCGCCGACGGCGCGGCUGAGACGGCCCGGCAGGGCGGACGGCCCUUUAACACGUACCCGCGUGCCGACACGGACCCCGGCCGGGGCUCGGCCCCCCAGGGGGAGUCCGGGCCGGGCCGGGCCCACCAAACAGCCUCCAACGGCCCCGCCGGCGGCCCGCCCUCCUCCCGGGGGCCGCCCCGCGCCCGGCAGGCCGCCGAGCCGUCCGGCCCGGGCCCGGCCCCGCACGCCUCGGACCCCCAGCUGGCCCGCGGGGUCCCGCCGGGGCCCCAGCCCCCGCCGCCCCCGGCCGCCGGGCCGCAGCAGCCGCGCUCGCCGCAGCGGGAGCCCCAGCGCGUGUCACACGAGCAGUUCCGCGCGGCGCUGCAGAUGGUGGUGGACCCCGGCGACCCCCGCUCCGACCUGGACAACUUCAUCAAGAUCGGCGAGGGCUCCACCGGCGUCGUCUGCAUCGCCACCGUCCGGAGCAGCGGCGAGCUCGUGGCCGUCAAAAAGAUGGACCUGAGGAAGCAGCAGCGCCGGGAGCUGCUCUUCAAUGAGGUGGUGAUCAUGCGGGACUAUCAGCACGAGAACGUGGUGGAGCUGUACAACAGCUACCUGGUGGGCGACGAGCUGUGGGUGGUCAUGGAGUUCCUGGAGGGAGGGGCCCUCACCGACAUCGUCACUCACACCAGGAUGAACGAGGAACAGAUCGCGGCCGUGUGCCUGGCGGUCCUGAAGGCGCUCUCUGUCCUCCACGCCCAGGGAGUCAUCCACCGUGACAUCAAGAGCGACUCCAUCCUGCUGACCCACGACGGCAGGGUGAAGCUGUCGGACUUCGGCUUCUGCGCGCAGGUGAACAAGGAGGUGCCGCGCAGGAAGUCGCUGGUGGGGACCCCAUAUUGGAUGGCCCCCGAACUCAUCUCCCGCUUACCCUACGGGCCCGAGGUGGACAUCUGGUCGCUGGGGGUGAUGGUGAUCGAGAUGGUGGAUGGGGAGCCCCCCUACUUCAAUGAGCCCCCCCUGAAGGCAAUGAAGAUGAUCCGCGACAACCUUCCCCCCAAGCUGAAAAACAUCCACAAGGUGUCUCCUUCCAUGAAGGGCUUCCUGGACCGGCUGCUGGUGCGAGACCCGGCCCAGAGGGCCACGGCCAACGAACUGCUGAAGCACCCGUUCCUGGGCAAGGCCGGGCCCCCGGCCAGCAUCGUCCCGCUCAUGCGGCAGAACCGGAUGAGAUGAGGGCGGCCGCCCCCCAGCCCCCCUCCCCGCACCAAAGACAACAGAGACGGGGCGGGGCGCCCACCCGGCCCCGUCCGCCUGUCCACCCGGCCCCCGCCGGUAGCACCGGCAGCGGGCGGGGGCGGAGGGGAGGGGAGGGAGCUUGGGUCCCCUGUCCCAGCCCCCCUCCUCCCCCCCACCACUCCAGGACCGACGUUCCCGCCUCCCCCGAUCCCCGACCCCGAAUCUCCGUGAGGCGGGGACGCGAGGCCAUCUCUUCACCCCGACAUCCGGUCCCGUUAGCCGAAACGUCCGGGGCCGGGGGCGGGCGGGGGGCGGCCUGGCCCGCUCGGCCGGGGGCUUUACUACUGAGAAGGGGCUGGGGGUCUGGACUGUAUUUAAAGCGACGGCUCUGCCGGCCCCACCCGCGCCCCCCAGGCCUCAAUCCGGGGCGGCCCGGCUCGCUCGACACUGGAAACCCGAGGGGCCCGGCCCCAGUUGGCCCCCUGGGCCCUGGCGGGAGCCCGGGACCCGAAGCCGGGACGUGAACGGGGCCGGGCGGCGGGUGGGUGCGUCUGGGUCCGAAAGCAGGAGGAGGACCCCUGGGGUACGGAGCACCGAGUGGGCAGCGCGUGCGUCUCUGUAUGCGUGUGUGUGAGCGUUUGCGUGAGUGCGCGUGCGUGCACCUGUUUAACUCCCCGGCCCCCGGCAGGCCCCUGCUCCGGGGUGCGAAUUUAACUCUAAGUCCCUGGCUCAGGUGGGCGGGGACCCCCACAGACGAAGACUGAUAUCACCCCCCCUCCCCGCCCCAAGCCCCUCACCGGCGUCCUAGGAUCGGAGGGCGGGGGGCCGGCGGGCUGGGCGUCUACUGAAAACGACUACUGAUCUCUGCAGGUUUCCUCCUUUUUACAAAGAUAUUUAUAUUGUCAUUUUGUAACCCCUGCAGUGCUCUUCCCUCUGCCCCCCCCACCCCCUCUAACGUCCCUGAGGAACUUUUGCCGCUCCGGAUUCGAUCUGAUUUUGUGACCGGGCGGGGAAGCCCGGUUACCUUUCCAAUUAAAGCGGUUUUUUUGGUUGGUUUUGUUUUUGA